AUGGGCUCAAAAUCUACCCUAAGGCUCAUGAGAACCCUAGGGCCUUCCCUUGGAUCUCUGGCCCAAUCUACUUGGAGUCUUCUAUCCAAUCAUUGCGUCUUAUUCGUGAGGGUAGCAGCGUUGAGCGCAGCGGUGAAGGUGAAGGUACCGGCGUCGAGCGUUGCGAUGAUCGGUGGCGGAAAACGAGGUACACAGAUGGUGAUGGACGAAGAUGAGUGGAUGUAUGAAAUAAUGUAUGAACGAGCGAAUAUGGAUUAUGAAAAUGCAGAAUCAUGUGGUGCGAAUGAACCACAUGUUGAUUGUUCGGAUGCGUUUAAGACUUCUCAGGUUAUAAUGUUAAUAGGAUGUUUGCGGUGGGCUCAAUCUGUGGCUCAUGAAAACGGAUUUGUGGCGGUGAUUUUAAGGUCGGACACAAACACAGGUAGUAGAGGAAGGACUACGUUUGUGUUAAUUGGCUGUGAAAGGAGUGGCGAGUAUAAGUGUAAGAAAAAAGAAUUUAUCAGAAGAGACACUGGGACUAGGAAAUGUGGGUGUCCCUUCAAGCUUCGUUGCAAGCCAGUGGUUGGAGGAGAAGGUUGGAUGGUGAAGUUGAUUUGUGGAGUGCAUAAUCAUGAAUUGGCCAAGUCAUUAGUUAAACAUCCAUAUGCGGGACGAUUAACUAAAGCUGAAAAAACACUUAUUGCUGAUAUGACAAAGUCCAUGGUGAAGCCAAGAAACAUUCUGCUAACUCUGAAGGAACACAAUGUCAAUAGUUGUACGACCAUUAAGCAGAUAUACAAUGCAAGAAGUGCAUUAUGUUCUUCCAUAAGAGGAAGCGAUCUUGAAAUGCAACAUCUGAUGAAGCUUCUUGAACGUGAUCAAUAUAUUUAUUGGCACAGGAUAAAGGAUGAAGACGUGGUUCGUGAUAUCUUUUGGUGUCACCCUAAUUCAGUGAAGUUAGUCAAUGCAUGUAAUUUGGUGUUUUUGAUAGACAGCACCUACAAAACAAACCGGUAUAGAUUUCCAUUGCUCGAUUUUGUUAGGGUGACACCGACUGGGAUGACAUUCUCUGCCGGUUUUGCAUAUGUGGAGGGUGAACGCGUUAAUAAUUUGGUAUGGGCUUUACAACGCUUCUGAGACCUUUUUUUGAAGCGUGAUGCCCUCCCUGGAGUUAUUGUCACUGACAGAGACCAAGCAUUGAUGAAUGCAGUGAAAGAUGUAUUCCCUGAAUGCAUAAUUUUGUUGUGCAUCUUUCACAUAAACAAGAAUGUGAAGGCCAAAUGUAAAUCACUAAUUGCGCAAAAA